AUGGCCUCUUCUGUUCACCCCCGUGUCUUGAAACUGACCAAGCAAGACGGCCAGAGCUAUGGCUUCUUCCUGCGGAUCGAAAAGGGAAAGGAGGGACACCUGGUGCGCAAUGUAGGGAAGGGGGGCCCUGCAGAGAAUGCUGGGAUGAAGGAUGGUGACCGUAUCCUGAGAGUGAAUGGGGUCUUUGUGGACAAAGAGGACCACAGCAGGGUGGUGAAUUUGGUUAAGGAGAGUGGACUGUCUGUCACCUUUCAAGUCCUGGACGAGGAGUCCUAUGAAAUGGCAAAGGAAAAAGGGAUCAGCCUGUCUGAAGAGGGGCAAGCAGGCCCAGCACAACAGCCAGUGAUGAAUGGAGUGGCAGGUGCGACACCAAAGCCCAAACUGUGCUACCUGGUUAAGGGCAAAAAAGGAUAUGGAUUCUCAUUGACAUCCAGACGGGGUGUUCAAGGGAUAUUCUUCUCUGAGGUGCACCCCUCUGGGGUUGCAGCAAUGGCAGGUGUUCAAAACAACGACCGGCUGAUUGAACUUAACGGUGAUAACAUUGAGAGCUCCAAUCAUGAACAGAUUGUAGACAAGGUGAAGGCCUCUGGAAAGAGCAUUGUGUUUCUGGUUGUGGACGGGGAGGCUGACAGAUACUACAAGAACAAACAGAUAAAGCUGGCUGGAGCAGUUGCCACCGUGAAGCACCUUCCACAUAAACCCCGCAUAGCGGAGCUCACUAAGGGCCCCGAUGGCUAUGGUUUCUACCUGAGGCAACAGCAUGCUAAGCUAGGUCAUUUCAUUAAGGAUAUAGAUGCCGGCAGUCCAGCAGAUAAAGCUGGACUGAAGGACAUGGACAGGCUGGUGGCUGUGAAUGGGGACCCUGUAGAUUCCUUGGAGCAUGAACAAGUUGUGGAGAAGAUCAGGCAGUGUGGCAAAAAGUCUACUUUACUGGUGGUGGAUAGAGAAACUGACCAAAUGUAUACGAUGGCAUGCGUAUCGCCAUUGCUGUACUGGGAUGAGGUCAUGGAUUCUCACCGUGAAGCUGCAGAAUCAGCUGCAGCCACCCCCAGUCACAAGAGCAGCGAACACAAACCAAUACCAGCCGCAGUCACCCCCAGUCAGGAGAGCAGCGAACACAAACCCAUUGCAGCUGCAGCCACCCCCAGUCAGGACAGCAGCGAACACAAACCCAGACUCUGCCUGCUGGAGAAGACAUCAGGUGGCUUUGGUUUCCAUCUCAAUGCAAUCCGAGGACUGCCUGGCCAGUUUGUUAAGGAGGUGGCUAAUGGAAGUCCUGCAGACAAAGCUGGCUUGGUAGAUGAUAACAUUGUGAUUGAGGUGAAUGGGGACAAUGUAGAGAACAAAUUGUACGAGGAGGUGGUGGAGAUGAUCAAGAAGAGUGGCAACAGGCUUGAAAUGUUAGUAAUCGAGAAGGCGGCCUACGACUACUUCAAAGAUAAGAACAUACCCAUCACCACAGCUCUCAUAGGAACAAAGACAAACAAACCAGCCACUCCCCCUGUCAAGGCAAAGGAGCCCAAAAACCAGGAAGACCACCCAGCUCCUGCCCCAGUCACAGCUAAAGCUCCAUCUCCUUCUCCACCCCCCUCUCCAACCAUAGCUGCAAACCUAACUCCACCUCCCUCUUCAGCCCCAGCUGCAGCCCCAUCUCAGGAUAGUCCUAAGGAGACAAGGAAGAGAUCAGUCUCAUCAUCAUCCUCAGCAUCAGAAGACGAAAGGUUCUGAAGAGGUAAAACUAUCUGGAGAAAAGCCCAGCUAACUUCAGUAGAGCAGUACUUUUUUUUUUUUCACAAAAACAAUACUUUUUGAGAAGAACAAGGACUUUGAAAAACCUUGAUUUGGGCCAAAGAGGACAUUCACCAAAACACAGAAUUCACAGAAUUUCCAAGUGCAUUAUUCUAAAAACCCAACGUUUAUAAAUGCUCCUCAGCUACACAGUAUAUGCAAUAUAGUGGUAUAUCAAGAUACUCAAUCUUAGACAUUUUAAAAUCUGAAUAUAUUAGCGCAGUGUACUGCUGGAUUAAUUUACUGCCUGCUUGUGAUUUACCACUUAGAAUUGCAUACACGUGCUUCACCUUUUCUCUACAGAUCGGUUUAUGCCUUUUACAAUAACACAAACCUUAUAUCACUGAAUAUAGUAUAACUGAGUGCUCCUGCUUCUCUUUAAUACGUUUUCUCUCUUAGCUUAUCCCCCACUGUAUCCAUUUACUGAAUUCUCUCAUUUUCUUCUGCAUGUACAGUGUUUGGUGGUAAUGCAGAACCAUUCACUUGCAGUAUUAAAUUUACUGCAAAACUAUACAUCUGUUUGUAUUUACUAUUUUACAGCCAACACAAAUUUUGUCAACACGUGUUCAUUUUAAUGUUUUUGUUCAUGUUGUGGAGUCUAAUAUUCUCGAUUAAGCCUAAAGAAUUUAAAUACACCGAACUGAAACAAACAAGUAACAUUUUGUGCAAAGUAUUAUUUUUAAUAUUUACUUCUCUCCAGGGCACACUGCAUGGUGGUAGGUACAAUAGUUCAACAUUCGACAUGCACUAC